AUGAGGUUCAAUCUCCUCUUCAGCCUUGCCCUGUUGUCUCUGACAGCCGGCGACACUCUUUGUCUGCUCAAUUGCACGCAAGAUAUCUCACUGAUCACCAAUCUCACCAAACUGGAACAUGGGAACGGGUUUGACAACGCUGCACCGCCGCCUCCUCCUCCACGACCACCGCCAAUCCAACCGGCGGACGACAGUCUUUGGAAAAGGUGCAGUGACAAAGGCUGUAUGCUCGCGUGGGCCAUGAGAGCGGAUGAUCAAAACGUUGGCCCAUCGUACAACCCUACUCGCAAUACAGCUCGGAGCCCGUACCAUAGCAUCAACGAUCUCCAACAAUGGCUUUGGAACCCAUUUCCGAAAACUAGAAUCAAUCCGGCUAUGCACGACUUCUACAAUACCUGGGGAAUCGGCUACGCCCUCGUGGGCCUCGGAAUAAAUGCAGUCUCAUUCGAGUACGACGGCGGCAAGAACGAACUCUUCUUCAUAGAUCAUCAAAGUUUUGAUUCUGCCAUCCCAGACGUCAAUAAGCAAUGGUAUGAGGUUGAAGGAAAGAAGUACCGCGCAACCGGUGCAUCGUACACCUUCACACUGAGUUGGGAAGAAGGCGUUAUCAUGAGCCUGAACAGAAUAUCUCCAAAAUAUGCGGCCAAGGAUCGAACACCACCCGUUUCUGAUGAUGAGAUACCUAAACUCAACCAGUUCUCGGAUGUUGCUUGGAUUGGCUGGGACACUGUUUGUCGACGCGAAGGCACUGAUGUCAAAAAGCUCCGCUACUUCCUCUCCGUUGGCAUCAAUAAUGAAGAUACCAAAGCAGUUAUACUUCGGGCCCUGAGCGCUAAGGGCUGGCAACUUAGCGGAUGGCCGGGCCAUACGUUUGAGAAGCAUUGGAUGGAGACACGAGCUAUCUUGGGCACACCGAACCUUCAGGGGUUUGCGUACUUCCUCAUACAGCAUAAAUACCGACUCGGCAACAUGUUCAUUGAUAAACUGCAGAUCUUCCAUGGGGAUACUCUCCAUAAGAAUCCCUGCAUCGUCAUGCACCUAUCCCAACCAACUGCUGGUGCUGAGGUGGAACGAAGAUAUGAGGGAAAGAACGUCCUACGAGUGCAUAAAGUACGUAGCAAGCUGUGA